AGCUGGAGAAGACUCUCCAACAAGCAGCAUCUCAACAGAACCUCUGAUUUCCAAACAGAGAGAGAUGAAGCGUGCAAACCCAGUGAAGAUGCUGGCGGCGUUUGCUCUGGUUCUGCUGGUAUUCAGUGUGACUGAGGGACGGAUUAUGAAUAAAUGUGAGCUGAAGGCCAAGCUGGACGCCGCUCAGUUGCAGCAGAUCACGGUCAUGGAAGAGACAAUAACCGUGAACAGUCUCAUCGCCAGACUUGUCUGCAAGGCCAGCAUCUCAGCCUUCAACACCAGCUUUGUCAAAAACAUCACGGUCGACAAUAAAGAGAUGAAUCCAGCACAGGCCCCACCUCAAGUUGCAUCCCAAGUUCAACCUCAAGCUCCAUCAUCUGGAGCUCCACCUCAGGCUUCACCACGUAGCGGUCCACCUCAGGCUCCAUCAUCUCGAGUUCUACCUCAGGCUCCAGCUGGAUCUUCACCAAAGGCUCCACCAUCUGGAUCUCCACCAAAGGCUCCACAAUCUGGAUCUCCACCAUCUGGAGCUCCACCCAAAGUUCCACCAUCUGGAGCUCCACCCAAAUUUCCACCAACUGGAGCUCCACCCAAAGAUCCACCAUCUGGAGCUCCACCCAAAGAUCCACCAUCUGGAGCUCCACCCAAAGAUCCACCAUCUGGAGCUCCACCCAAAGAUCCACCAUCUGGAGCUCCACCCAAAGUUCCACCAUCUGGAGCUCCAUCCAAAGUUCCACCAUCUGGAGCUCCACCCAAGGUUCCACCAUCUGGAGCUCCACCCAAGGUUCCACCAUCUGGAGCUCCACCCAAGGUUCCACCAUCUGGAGCUCCAUCCAAAGUUCCACCAUCUGGAGCUCCAUCCAGCUCCAAACCACGUCCGACCAUAGCUGCCAAAGAUGUUGAGCACCUGUACGGAGUGUUUCAGCUCAGUGAUCAGCUGGCUUGUGAUUCUGGCAUGAUCCCAUCACACAACGUCUGCAACAUGACCUGCUCUGCUUUGACUGAUGACGACAUCACUGAUGAUAUCGCCUGCCUGAAGACCCUGACAAACUUUAUGAAAGCGAAACCCAAAGAAAUCCUAUUUGAUGUUAAGAAGAUUGUGAAGAUGAUGUUGGUGGAGGAGUGUCACUCUGUCGUUCCUCCAAACUACUUUUCUGAAUGUGUUUAAAACAGAUGGAGCAGACUCACUCAAGAUUAGAUUCUUCCUGCUGCAUUUUUUACACACAUCAGUUUGAUGCUUUCCAUGGCAACUGUCUUUGAUUGAAUGAUAAUGAGGUCAUUAUGAUGGUGGCGGGAGUUUAAAUGAGAGUCUGAAUAUAGGGAGUUUGUGCAUUAAGACACUUUCGUUUAUUACUGUAAUACUGUGAAUGUCUAAACAUCUAUCACUGUAUAAACCUAAAAUAUAUCAUUGUAUAAUCCAAUAUGAUUGUGCUGCUGCUGAGGGCUUUUAAAUACUGUCACUUUAUCAUAAAAAAUAAAAUUAACA